AUGGAAGCGUUGUCUCCUGCGGUGACCAGAUGUGAUUUGAAUAACUUUAGCUUUUUUUGGCAAACCAAUGUGUUUAUACUGUCACACACAUACAAUAAUUGUGUCAUGGAAGACACGUAGCAGAUGUAAGACACAUGCUCAAAUAAUAAAUCAGAGUGGGUGUGAGUGCAUUGACGCGCUGAGUUUGCUGGUGACAAGUUCCAAAGUCCUGCAGUUCUUUCAACUCACAACACAAACAACACAAUGGCGCGAUAUGAACUUGUUAAACGAUCAGUUGCUCUGAUUACUCUUACCAACCCACCUGUCAAUGCCUUAAGUUCUGCAGUGCGUCAUGGCAUUGCAAAGACCAUGGAGCGAGCCCUGAGUGACCCAAAGGUCACGGCCGUGGUGAUCUGUGGAGAGAAUGGAAGAUUCUGUGGAGGUGCAGACAUCCGUGAGUUCGCUGGGCCUUUAAGAGGACCUCCUCUGGUACCCUUGUUGGAUUCAGUAGAGGCAGGAGAGAAGCCUGUGGUUGCUGCCAUAGAAGGAGUGGCUCUAGGUGGAGGCCUUGAAUUAGCCCUAGUCUGUCACUACCGUAUUGCACACUUUAAGGCACGUGUUGGACUUCCAGAGGUGACUUUGGGCAUCCUUCCAGCUGCUGGGGGAACUCAGCGUCUUCCCAGGCUCAUUGGCAUUCCUGCUGCCCUAGAACUAAUCACCACUGGCCGCCAUGUCUCAGCCCAGGAGGCGCUGAAGCUGGGCAUCGUUGACCAGGUCACAGAACAAAAUGCUUGUGAGGUGGCUGUGGAGUUUGCCCUGAGAGCUGUAGCCAAACCGCUGUCUUCCCGAAGACUGAGCUCGCUGACCACGCCCUGCCCUCCAAAUCUGGAUGCCCUAUUAGAAGCGGUCACUAUGCAGAUUCAAAAGAAGGCUCGGGGAGUGAUGGCCCCUUUGGCUUGUGUUCAGGCAGUGCGGGCAGCUGCUACAAUGCCUUACAGCCAGGGAAUAAAGCGGGAGAGUGAACUGAUGGCCACUCUUUUCAACUCUGGCCAGGCCCGGGCUCUUCAGUACUGCUUCUUUGCUGAGAGGACUGCUGGGAAAUGGACUCUACCUAGUGGAGCGCAAUGGAAUGACACCAAACCCAGAGAGAUCCGGAGUGCAGCCGUCAUAGGUCUGGGCACUAUGGGAAGGGGCAUUGCUGUGUCUCUGGCACGUGUGGGAAUUCCUGUCAUUGCUGUCGAGUCAGACAAGAAACUCUUGGAGACUGGCAGGCAGAUGGUGAUUGGCAUGCUUGAGAGAGAUGCCAAAAGACGGGGAGUGAGUGCCUCUCUCAAUCUCCUCAAAUUCACCCUCAGCUUACAGGACCUGAAGGAUGUGGACCUUGUUAUCGAAGCAGUCUUUGAAGACAUGGCACUUAAGAAGAGUGUUUUCCGAGAGUUGUCCAAGGUGUGUAGACCAGCCACUCUACUCUGCACCAACACCUCUGGUCUAGAUGUGGAUGCAUUGGCCGGUGUGACGGACAGACCGCAGCUGGUGAUUGGGAUGCACUUCUUCUCACCGGCACAUGUCAUGAAGCUCCUAGAAGUUGUCUGUGGGCCUCGUUCCUCAAGUGAAACCAUUGCUACAGCGAUGAGCCUUGGGAAGAGGAUGGGAAAGGUGAGUGUUGCUGUUGGAAACUGCCCUGGUUUUGUUGGAAACCGCAUGCUGAAGCCUUACUCGGAUCAAGCCACCUUCCUGCUAGAGGAAGGGGCCACACCUGAACAAAUCGACAAGGCUCUGGAGGACUUUGGUUUCGCAAUGGGAGUCUUUAGGAUGUCUGACCUUGCAGGCCUUGAUGUUGGUUGGAGAGUCCGGAAGGAAUCUGGGUUGACCGGGCCUGAUGUUGACCCAAAAAAUCCCCCACGUAGGCGCCAAGGGCGUAAGUACUGCCCCAUUCCAGACAUGGUCUGUGAGCAAGGCAGGUUUGGCCAGAAGACAGGUCGUGGCUGGUACAUGUACGACAAACCUGGGGGUACAAACGCAAAGCCCGACCCACUGAUCCAGAACCUCCUUGAGAUGUACAGGAGCAGGUACGGCAUUCAACCACGCAAGAUUACAGAUCAGGAAAUCAUCGAGCGAUGCCUUUUUGCCCUGGCCAACGAGGGCUUUCGUAUUCUGGAGGAUGGCAUAGCUGCCCGACCGGAGGAUAUUGAUGUCAUCUAUCUGUUCGGUUAUGGCUUUCCAAGGCACCGAGGUGGGCCCAUGUUCUACGCCAGCAUGGUGGGCCUGCAAAGAGUCCUGGAGAGGUUGGAGCAUUACCACCAAGCCCAUCCUGAUGUGCCUCAUUUGGAGCCCAGUCCUCUUCUGAAAAAACUUGUGGCUUGUGGCAGUCCUCCUGUCCAAAAAUGGAGAGAGCAUAUCAAAACAAUGCACAGCCAUCUCUAAGAGCACCAUGCACAACAUGCCAAAUAUGUGUAUUUAGUCUAAAACUCUACAUAAAACAGGUUAUUAAUAAAGAAUCUACUUUUUCAACUCUUA